AUGGUCAUCAAGUUGACCUGGUCUGAAGUGAAGUGUCGUAGUCGGGAGACUGAGAUCUCUAGUCUGAAGCGGAACCUGGAGGUGCUGAAGAGACUCUCCAUGUUGGAUGUUCCAGCUCUGCUGCUGACCAGUCUGAAGGAGCUCACUGAAGAACAGCUGAAGACAUUUCAGUCUCACCUGACUAAUGGCUGGAUGUUAGGCUUUCCUCUCAUCCCAGAGAGCCACCUGGAGAACUCUGACAGACAGGACACAGUGGAUCAGAUGGUGCAGAGAUACGGCCCUGAGAGAGCUGUGGGGAUCACAUUCUGCAUCCUGAGGGAGAUGAAGCUGGAUGAUCUAGCAGAGAAUUUACAGAGAGAUCACACUAGAGUUCUACUGCUGAUCAGUCUGGAGGAGCUCACUGAAGAUCAGCUGAAGACAUUUCAGUCUAAACUGAAUGUUGGCAGGAUGUUAGGCUCUCCUCCCAUCCCAGAGAGUCAGCUGGAGAACUCUGACAGACAGGACACAGUGGAUCAGAUGGUGGAGAGAUACAGCCCUGAGGAAGCUGUUAGGAAAACACUGAGAAUCCUGAGGGAGAUUAAUCUGGAUGAUCUGGCAGAGAAUUUAGAGAGAUAUUACACUAGAGGUAACAUAGCCAGAAUGUACAUCAAUCUAUACAUCACCAUCACAGUUCAGUGUAGGUCUAACCAGAAAGAACAUUCAACUGACUUCAUUAUAACAUUCAGCAGGCUCCUCUUUUAUAAU